AUGGAUCAAAAACUCAAAACUCAUGAAGAACUAUCUGGAUCAGCAAAUCCAGGAGAAAUUCAAAUAAAAAAGAAUCAAUAUAAACAAUUUGCAAUUACUGUUACUGGAGGAAAUGGAUUUGGACGAGAAUUAAACCAACUCAAUUCUCCUCGUGGAAUCUUUAUUGAUAAUGAUAAAUCAAUCUAUAUUGCUGAUUCUUUGAAUAAUCGUAUUGUUAAAUGGAAAUUAAAUUCAAAUACUGGUGAAAUCAUUGCAGGUGAAGAUGGGCAAAGAAAUGAAAAUAAUCAAUUGAAUUAUCCAACAGAUAUAAUUUUCGAUAAAAAAAAUAAAUCUUUUAUUAUUGCUGAUACAGAUCACGCACAAGUAAUUCGAUAUUUUGAUAAAAAUCAAACAAAUCAACAAAGUAUUAUUUCUGAUGAUUGGUACAACCGAGUAAUUCGAUAUUUUCAGCAAAAACGAACUAAUCAAGAAAUUCUUAUUUCAAAUAUUAAUUGUGAGGGUCUUACAAUUGAUAAAAAUGGAUUUAUUUAUACUUCUGAUUGGGCGAAUCAUGAAGUAAGACGAUGGAAACAAGGAAGUAGAAGAAGUGAGUUAGUUGCAGGUGGAAAUGGUCAAGGAAAUAAUCUUAAUCAACUUAAUUCUCCUUAUAAUAUCUUUAUUGAUGAAGAUUGUUCUCUUUAUAUAUCAGAUACAGACAAUCAUCGUAUAAUGAAAUGGAAAAAAGAUGCAAAAGAAGGAAUUAUUGUGGCUGGUGGAAAUGGUGACGGAGAUAGUCUGAAACAAUUAUCUUGUCCUCGAGGAGUGAUUGUUGAUCAUUUGGGCCAUAUUUAUGUAGCAGAUUGUGGAAAUCAUCGAAUUGUACGUUGGUGUGAAGGAGAUGCAGAAGGUGAAAUUGUUGUUGGUGGGAAUGGUAAAGGAGAUCAAUCAAAUCAAUUGAAUUCUCCCAGAAAUCUAUCAUUUGAUAAUGAAGGAAAUCUUUAUGUUGUUGAUUGUUAUAAUUAUCGAAUCCAAAAAUAUGAAAAAAUUGCAAACUAA